UAUGCAGAUAUGCGCCAUAUGUUAUCUACGUGAUCUGAUAAUAUCGAAAUUAAUGUCUUAACCACCACCUACGUUUUCCGAUAAUUUCUCGCUUACACCCGUAAUUCCUGAUAAUUUUUCUUCGUCGAAGUUUGCGAGCUUCGUAGCUGCCUUAUACUCAUCCGGAUCCAGCGUUUGCCUUAUACAUAUUUAGAACCGUCCCGAUGGACGAGUGUUUACGAUACAAUGUAAGCCGUUUGACGGCAAUUGGAAUUCUCGAUUCAGGAGACAAGUGGAAGGCGAAAUUAAAGAUGGCAGUGUGCGUGAUUAGUGCAGCGUCCAUGUUCAUCGUUUCAACCAUCGAUCUGAUCGAUCACGUCUACGACUUCGCUUCUGUUGCCGAAAACCUUUCUAUUUUGUUAGUCGGUUUUGCAAGUUGGACAAAAUUAUUUAUCAUGAUAUACGGAAGGGAUAAAGUGAUAAGAUUCGUACAAAUCAUCGAGAAUCGGAAGGUGCGCGAAGCAACAACUGAAACUGACGACUCAAUCAUCAGUCAAUAUGACCAAAUGGGACACAGAUUCUCCAAAAGUUAUGAAUGGAUAGUCAGGGGUGCCGGUUUUUUGAUGUUACUGCCACCUCUGCUCGGCUUUCUACUCGAUGGUGAGAAAAUACCUCCAUUUCCUGCCUGGUAUCCAUUCGACGUGAAUAAAUCAUCAAAUUAUCUGAUUUGCUUCAUUCACCAAAUGACGAUCACCUACGUGGUCGUUUUAACGUACGUGGCUUUCGACUCCUGGUUCGUAUUCCUAGUUUUUCAUGCUUCGGGUCAUCUGUGCUUGCUGCAGGAUUGGCUGGAAAAUUUUACCAACUGUCAGAAAAAUGACCGUCAAGCACGCGAAAAAAUUGUCAGAUCCGUGCGACUUCAUCAGAAGAUUAACCAGUUCGUAGCCGACGUUGAAGAGUUUUUCAGCUUUUCAAAUCUCGUGCAAUUCCUCCUCGGGUCAGUCGCGAUCUGUAUCAGUGGCUAUCAAGUGAUCGUAACCAACAGCAACCACCAGCAGUAUUUGAAACACAUUUGCUCAAUUAUUGGGCAAACCGUACAAUUGCUGAUGAUAAAUUGGUCUGGACAGUUAAUACAAGAUAAGAGUUUUGGGGUGAGUCUCGCAGCUGCGAGAUCAAAAUUGUACGAGCUCGAAAUGGUCGAUCAAAAAGAUAUCUGUUUAGUAGUACUGCAGGCCCAAAAGCCGAUGUAUAUCACCGCUGGCAAAUUCUACCAAUUAUCUCUACCGAAUUUCGCUACACUGAUGAAGACCUCUAUGUCGUAUUUCACCAUGCUAAGGAGCGUUUCGGAGAAGAACUAGAGCACCUGGAAGUUGAUUCUCGUGCCAUCGAACUCGAACGUCGGAAGACCGAUGUUGAUCGAUUGGCAAUUUUUCCCACAAUUUUGCCUGAAAUAUAUGGAUGCACUCUGACGCGAACAAUGUAUGUACACAUACCACGAAAAUGAACAUCACGUAAUAAAAUCACAUCGAUUUUGCUUCGUA